AUGAAGAAAGUUUUCAAGUACCUCCAGAACCAAGCACUGGAAGCUUCACAACAAAAAUACUCCGGCGCGUCAUACUUGUCCCCGACCAGCAAGGAGCCUCAACAGCAAACCCGCCACCACAACCCUUCUCACUACAAAGACCAACACAACUCGCAUCAUCAAUCGCGAUCUGCGCAUCCUAGCUCGGCAGCACACAGCCUUCCAGCACACACCGCCACAGGCACUUCACUCCCGACGGCCAACGGGAAGCGGGAGAUGUCUUCACAGCUCCCGGACAAGAUCUUCCGUGGUAUCACCCGGCAUCAAUAUGCUCAAGACAACAUCCUCCAAUCGUACGAGCUGUACAUUCCCGAACAUGACCAGACACACCUAGCCGACGCGAAGGGAAACAAGUACUGGGUGAUCUAUAUUCACGGAGGCUAUUUUCGGGACCCGUACGUGUCCUCCUCGUCCUUUUAUCCCGCCCUUGGUAUCCUUGCAUCGGAGAAGGAUCAUGGCCACGACCCCAAGGACAACGGACAGCAGUUUCAGGCAAGCGACAUCACACCGUACAUCGCAGGCUACGCAACGGUCAACUACAGGCUCUCCGCGCAUAUGCAGAAAGCACCUCAAGACCCGGACACGACACCGACAUAUGAGCUCCGGAACGCCAAAUGGCCCGAACACAUCUACGACGUGCUGGCGGCGAUCGCGCACCUACAGAACAAGUACGCCUUCGGGGAGAGAUAUCUGCUGGUCGGCCAUAGCGUCGGCGCGACGAUGGGUUUGCUAAGCGUCCUCGCUGCGGAGAAGGCGCCAUUCUCCACCAUAAGCGGUCUUGAGAUGCCCACAAUAGAGCCGCCCAUGGCGAUCCUGGGCGUUUCGGGCAUUUAUGAUUUCCCGCGGCUCCACGAGUCGGUCCCCGACUAUGUGGGGUUGACGAGGAACGCGAUACAUAGUGAGGCGGACGUUGCGUUAGCAAGUCCAGCCAAGUACACCGAAAGGGAUUAUGUUCAUACCUGGACCGGAGGAGGGAAGAAGAAGAGGGCGCUCGUGAUUGCGCACUCGAGAGACGACGGCUGGGUCGACUGGAAGCAGCCCGAGGCUAUGGAGAGUGUACUGAAAAGUCAGCCGGCCAUUAAUGUCAGGGUGUGCGAGAUGAAGGGACAGCAUAACGACAUCUGGGAGAAGGGGACGGAGCUGGCGAGGGUUGUGGUGGAGGCUGUCGGCGUCAUGAGAGGAUUGGAAGCCUGA